AUGGUCCAAAAUGGUCUUCUCUGUGGUGAAAAACAUACCAAAGCUCAGGCAGCGCGGUCUGAAGCCACAGCCUUCGCGAAGGUCAUUUGGUGGAAGGACCCAGGGCUGCGUAAGCUAUACUUUUGGUGCGCCAGUUUAAUGGUUCUGUCCGCUUCGACAGGCUUUGACGCAAAGCUUAUGAACACUUCUCAAGUUAUGGACCAGUGGCAAAAGUCCUUUGGGCAUCCGAGCGGAGGCAGAUUAGGCAUCAUAGUUGCUAUUAUUGACAUUGGGUCUUUAUGCAGCUUCUGGAUGGUGCCAUGGUUCGCAGAUAAUUAUGGCAGAAAAGUACCUAUUAUUAUCGGAUGCGUUAUUGAAGUCAUAGGCGCAUUCAUUGGAACUUUCUCCAGCAGUCAAGGGAUGUACAUGGCCGGUCGCUUCAUCCUUGGGUUUGGCAGCUCUUUCAACGGAGCCGGUUUACUCAUCACAGAGAUUGCACAUCCACAGCAUCGUGCCAAAAUAUCUGCCAUCGUCAACUGCAUGUACGGCGUCGGGUCAACAACUUGUGCAUGGCUCGCACUGGCGACCAUCAAAAUCACAAGCGAUUGGUCCUGGCGAUCCUUAACCAUCCUUCAAGCUUUCCCAGGACUUCUUGUUCUCUGCCUCAUCCAUUGUGUUCCAGAAUCGCCACGAUGGCUAAUUGCCCACGAGCGGUACGAAGAGGCAGAACGAAUGCUCGCUACAUAUCACGGAAACGGAGACAAGACGAAUGAAACGGUCGUCUUCGAGUUUGAAGAGAUGAAGCAAACCUUAGCUCUUGAAUUCAAGAACAAAAAGUCGAGCAGUUAUCUUGAUUUCGCCAAAACCGCGGGGAAUAGGUAUCGAGUAGUGAUAUUGAUCUCAUUGGCGAUGGUGUCCCAGUAUAGUGGUACCAAUCUGUUCUCGAAUUACGCCAACAAAAUUUACGAGGGGGCUGGUAUUCGUGAACAGAAGAGCAAAGUACUGCUCAGCGGUGGCCAGACCUUGAUGUCCCUGGUUGUCUCCGUCGCAUUUUCGCUGACAAUCGACCGGUUCGGACGACGACCGCUCUUCCUUACAGCCACCACCGGCAUGGUACUGAUGUACAUGGGCUGGACUAUUGUCAGCUCUCAGUAUGAACGGACAAAAGACUUGACGAGAUUCGGAUAUCCCCAGAUAGCUUUCAUCUGGCUGUUCAGUUUCUCAUACCAAAUUGCUUGGACUGGUAUUAUGGCUGCCUACGCAUUAGAGAUUAUGCCGUAUAGUCUAAGAGCAAAAGCCGGUGUAAUAUCUACCAUUUUUGUUAAAGGAUUAAUCGUCUUGGGAAGUUACACAAAUCCCAUCGCCUGGGACAACUUUACUAUUGCAGGUCAUGCAUGGGUACUAGCGAUGUUUUAUACAAUCUUGGACUUUUGCUAUCUGGUGUUUGUGUACUUUUUCUAUCCCGAGACGAAGAACCUCACGCUCGAAGAGGUUGCUCAGGUGUUCGAUGGAGAUUAUGCUAAGGUCGCUCGAACUGACGUUAUUGAUUGUUGUGAAGAGUCCGAGCAGGAUAAGAAGCGAAGAACGCACGUUGGCAUUCGAGAUAUUUAG